AUGCAUGCCCGGACGCCACCGAGAAUUUACAUAACAUCCGUCGAGGAAGGUUCCGUAGACGGACCGUCGACCAACAACGGGCAGUCUUCGACCGAAAUAGACGAACGCGACGGACGUUCGCGACCAAUCCCGUCGAUCGAUCUGGCCAUGGCGUUUGCCGGAAAACAAUCGCAGCCCAACCGGGACGGCGCCGGGACUAUCCCGCUCACCGACGGCACAGUGCUCCGGACGGCUAACCUCGGCGGAAUGCCGGUGACACCGUCAACGGCACCCAGCAAAUGCCCCACGGUUCAGCGCAGCUGGCCGGUCACCUCUCAGCCAGUGGCCCUGUUGGUCGUUUUCGGAUUCCUGUGGGCCAUCGCAUGGUCCAUCCUGCCAGCCGGUCUCUCCGAUCCCACCGGUGGCCUCAUGCGCCUCGUGUUCCUGUUCGUGGGCGCCCAAACGUGCGGUGAGCUCGUUUCGCUGACCGGACUCCCGGACAUGCUCGGCAUGCUGGGCUGGGGCGUCCUGUACGCCAACGUGGGUUGGGCGGACUUCGGUGGCUACGAGCGGCUCGAGGUGUUCCUGCGCGAGAUGGCGCUCGUCAACAUAAUGCUGCUGGCCGGUCUCGGACUGGACUACGCGGCCCUGCGGUCCCUCUUCCGCUUCAUCAUGCUACUAACGGUGCUGCCGAGCGUGGCCGAGGUUGCUGCCACGGCCAUACUCUCACACUACCUCCUCAAGCUGCCCUGGCUCUGGGGCGUCCUUCUGGGGCUGGUGGUGACGGCCAUCUCGCCAAACGUCGUCGUGACGGUGCUGCUGCGGCUGAAGGAGGAGCGGCUCGGUCUGGGCAAAGGCAUUCACACAUUAAUCAUCGCCGUGACAAGCUGUAAUGAUGUUCUGGCAAUUUUCCUGUUCGGUGUCAUCCUGGGCCUGAUCUUCGUCACCGGUAACGUCACCAGCCAGAUCGCGCAGGGUCCGAUCGGCAUCGUAAUUGGGCUCGGCUACGGGUCCGCGUGCGGUCUCGUCCUUCUGCACCUGCCAUCAUACCACGCGAGGUACAGCGUGGGGUUGCGGUUCACGAUGACGGCUCUGGCCGGCACGCUGUCCGUCGUUGGCAGCAAGGCGAUCGGUUACCCGACGGCCGGGGCACUCGGGUGCAUCGUGACGGCGUUCGUGGCCGGCACUGGGUGGCGUAAGCGGCCCGACGGUGGCGCUGGCGAGGUGGGCGUGUACCUCGAUCUCCUGUGGAAGUUUCUGAAGCCCGUGUCCUUCUCGCUGAUCGGCAAGGAAGUCAACUUUUCCGUCUUGGCCGGCGAAACGGUGCUCUAUGGGAUGGUAACGCUCGUCGUUGCCGUGCUGCUUCGACUGGCGUUCUCGUACUGCUCCACUCUAGGUAGCGAGCUGAACUGGAAGGAGCGGUCGUACGUUACGCUGUCCGGCUUCCCGAAGGCCACCGUCCAGGCGGCCCUCGGUCCGGCGGCGCUCGAUCUUGCCCGGGCACUCGGCGCACCGAAGGAGGACUACGGCAGGGCGCAAACCGUGCUGAUUGUGACGGUAUUGGCAAUCAUCUUCACGGCCCCGCUCGGUGCGCUGCUGAUGGUGAAGCUGGCGCCACGGUGGCUGAAACGAUCGGUGACGGCGGAAGACGAUCGGUACCAGUAA